AUGGACAUAAACCAAACAAUAGUCACAGAAUUCUUUCUCCUGGGUUUCCGGAUCGCUGAACCUUUCCGUGUAUUACUGUUCACGUUAUUCCUGCUGACGUAUGUGAUAACCCUAACUGGUGAUUUCCUGAUCGUCACUCUGGUGAGUAGAAGCCAUCAGCUCCAACAUCCCAUGUUCUAUUUCCUCAAGCAUCUCUCAGUUUCUGAAAUCUUGUUCACCUCGAAUAUCACCCCCAAUAUGUUGUAUAUCAUUUUGAGAAAUGGUGGCUCCGUGUCGUUCUCUGGCUGUAUCAUUCAAUUCUACUUUUACAUAGCCUCGGGCAGCUUGGAGUCUCUUCUCCUCACGAUUAUGUCAUAUGACCGAUAUCUGGCCAUAUGUAACCCAUUGCGCUACGCAGACAUGAUGAACCUUCAGUUGUGUCGGACCCUGGUCUUAGCCUCCUGGUUACUCAGCUUUACACUCGUUUUAGUAACUGUUACUCUAUUAUGUCAACUCAACUUCUGUGGCCCAAAUAUCAUUGACCAUUUCUUCUGUGACUUUGCUCCUCUGGUGGAUCUUUCCUGCUCAGACACUUCUAUCAUCAGGAUGGAGGUUGUUGUGCUCUCCAUCCCUGUAGUGGCCUCUACGUUUUCUUUUAUUCUCUGGUCAUAUAUUUGUAUUUCCAUCACCAUCCUCGGUAUUCAUUCCUCCACUGGGAGACGGAAAGUCUUCUCCACCUGCAGCUCUCAUUUGGCUUCAGUCUGCUCCUAUUAUGGUCCUCUCAUUGUCAUAUACAUGGUACCAUAUAGGAGGGAUUCCCUUAAUGUGAACAAGUUCUUAUCGAUUCUUUACACUGUGUUUACACCAUUGUUUAACCCCUUAAUAUAUAGCUUAAGGAAUGAAGAGCUUCAACAUGUUCUCUGGAGGUUAUUAAAGUUUCAACAUUAA